AUGUUCUACUACAUUUGUAUCUUUAUAGUUACAACUGGCACAGAAGGAACAUCACCAACAGAGAGAUGCGAGGAGAUAAAUGGAAUGGAGAUUCCAGCAUUUAUACCAAGUUCAAGUGUUGAGGGUUUAACACCUGACCAAGUGGAUAAUCUAAGGACAAGCGAUGCCCCAUUAUCUAUCAUACCCGACGGCACCAAUACUAUACUAUUUACCAUAGAUCUUUCACCUAAUACCGAUGAGGAUGUCGAUCUUGGAUCUAUCGCAUUCCCGAAUGCUGAGAAUAUCGAAUCCAUAGAAUUAACGCUGAUUGAUUCACAGGGCAUCGAAACUCCUGUAACAGACCAAGCUGGUCUCCAAGACACACCACGAAAAGCUGAUUUCCCUCCGGAAACUAAAACUGAAAAGGUACGAGUUCUUCUGAAGCCAAAGAACACUACAGCUCCUGUUAGAUUUAAUUUGGAUGUAAGAGCAUGCUUUGAAGAGACUGCCACAACAGGAACAUCUCCCACAGUUUCAGUUUGUGCCGAGGUUAAAGGUAUGGAGGACCCUGCUAUUAUUCCAACUUCCAGUAUAACAGCACCGGGCGUUUCCAAUCCCGAAAACCUUAGACCAGGAAGUGCAACCACAGCUACUUUCCCUGCCCAAUCUUCACCAAUUAGUGUAACAAUCGAUUUGGCACCCAUCACUGAUGAAACGGUAGAAAUUAAAUCAGUGGAACUUGUAUCACCACAGAAUGUAGGAUCUAUCAGGGUAUUUGUAAUUGCAACUGGUGGUUCAGAAACAGAAGCAACUUAUUUGACUGCAACUGAUUUAUCAGCACCCAUUCCUAAAGCUACCUUCCCUGCUGGUACGGAAGCUGCACAAAUCAGAGUCGAAGUAACCCAAACCAAUAACGAUUCCGAAACAAGUUUCUCUCUUGAUGUUAGAGCAUGUUUCGAAGAAACAAGUGUUUCCGGCACAUCACCCACUGAAGCAGGAACAUCACCCACUGAAGCAGGAACAUCUCCUACAGUUGGAACAACUACACCACGGUGUCUUGUGACAGAAGGAAUGGCAAGUCCAACAGUUAUACCAGCUGAAUACCUUGAACAACCAUCUGGAUUCCCAUCGACAGAUGAUCCAGAGAAUCUGAGACCAGGUGGUGAUCAAUUUACAAUUAACCCAUCGGAUGCUCCUACCAACGUCACAUUUAAACUUACUGAUGAUGUUGAGCCCGUUGAUCUGUCAGAAGUAAAACUUCCUGCCAAUGACAAUGUGCAAACAUUUAGAGUAUUUGGACGAACGGGACCUUCAGCACCAUGGACACUACUUGAAUCUACUGAUAAUGAUACCACUGAUGAUUCUCUUAAAUUCCCACCUGAAGUCGUUGUCACAGAGAUUAUGGUUGAAAUAACACCAACGGAUUCGGACAAACCAGUGACGAUUGAUGUUAGUGUGCACGCCUGUUUUGUAGUUACAACUGGCACAGAAGGAACAUCACCAACAGUUUGUGCCGAGGUUAAAGGUAUGGAGGACCCUGCUAUUAUACCCGCUUCCAGUAUAACAGCACCGGGCGUUUCCAAUCCCGAAAACCUUAGACCAGGAAGUGCAACCACAGCUACUUUCCCUGCCCAAUCUUCACCAAUUAGUGUAACAAUCGAUUUGGCACCCAUCACGGAUGAAACGGUAGAAAUUAAAUCAGUGGAACUUGUAUCACCACAGAAUGUAGGAUCUAUCAGGGUAUUUGUAAUUGCAACUGGUGGUUCAGAAACAGAAGCAACUUAUUUGACUGCAACUGAUUUAUCAGCACCCAUUCCUAAAGCUACCUUCCCUGCUGGUACGGAAGCUGCACAAAUCAGAGUCGAAGUAACCCAAACCAAUAACGAUUCCGAAACAAGUUUCUCUCUUGAUGUUAGAGCAUGUUUCGAAGAAACAAGUGUGUCCGGCACAUCACCCACUGAAGCAGGAACAUCACCCACUGAAGCAGGAACAUCUCCUACAGUUGGAACAACUACACCACGGUGUCUUGUGACAGAAGGAAUGGCAAGUCCAACAGUUAUACCAGCUGAAUACCUUGAACAACCAUCUGGAUUCCCAUCGACAGAUGAUCCAGAGAAUCUGAGACCAGGUGGUGAUCAAUUUACAAUUAACCCAUCGGAUGCUCCUACCAACGUCACAUUUAAACUUACUGAUGAUGUUGAGCCCGUUGAUCUGUCAGAAGUAAAACUUCCUGCCAAUGACAAUGUGCAAACAUUUAGAGUAUUUGGACGAACGGGACCUUCAGCACCAUGGACACUACUUGAAUCUACUGAUAAUGAUACCACUGAUGAUUCUCUUAAAUUCCCACCUGAAGUCGUUGUCACAGAGAUUAUGGUUGAAAUAACACCAACGGAUUCGGACAAACCAGUGACGAUUGAUGUUAGUGUGCACGCCUGUUUUGUAGUUACAACUGGCACAGAAGGAACAUCACCAACAGCACCCGAAACUUCGCCAACUGCACCCGGAACUUCGCCAACUGCGCCGGAACCACCAGGAACUUCCCCAACUGCACCCGGAACUUCCCCAACUGCACCCGGAACUUCACCGACUGCGCCUGGAACUUCUCCCACAGUUGUUUGUGCCGAGGUUAAAGGUAUGGAGGACCCUGCUAUUAUUCCAACUUCCAGUAUAACAGCACCAGGCGUUUCCAAUCCCGAAAACCUUAGACCAGGAACUGCAACCACAGCUACAUUCCCUGCCCAAACUUCGCCAAUUAGUGUAACAAUCGAUUUGGCACCCAUCACUGAUGAAACGGUAGAAAUUAAAUCAGUGGAACUUGUAUCACCACAGAAUGUAGGAUCUAUCAGGGUAUUUGUAAUUGCAACUGGUGGUUCAGAAACAGAAGCAACUUAUUUGACUGCAACUGAUUUAUCAGCACCCAUUCCUAAAGCUACCUUCCCUGCUGGUACGGAAGCUGCACAAAUCAGAGUCGAAGUAACCCAAACCAAUAACGAUUCCGAAACAAGUUUCUCUCUUGAUGUUAGAGCAUGUUUCGAAGAAACAACUGUGUCCGGCACAUCACCCACUGAAGCAGGAACAUCUCCUACAGUUGGAACAACUACACCACGGUGUCUUGUGACAGAAGGAAUGGCAAGUCCAACAGUUAUACCAGCUGAAUACCUUGAACAACCAUCUGGAUUCCCAUCGACAGAUGAUCCAGAGAAUCUGAGACCAGGUGGUGAUCAAUUUACAAUUAACCCAUCGGAUGCUCCUACCAACGUCACAUUUAAACUUACUGAUGAUGUUGAGCCCGUUGAUCUGUCAGAAGUAAAACUUCCUGCCAAUGACAAUGUGCAAACAUUUAGAGUAUUUGGACGAACGGGACCUUCAGCACCAUGGACACUACUUGAAUCUACUGAUAAUGAUACCACUGAUGAUUCUCUUAAAUUCCCACCUGAUGUCGUUGUCACAGAGAUUAUGGUUGAAAUAACAUCAACGGAUUCGGACAAACCAGUGACGAUUGAUGUUAGUGUGCACGCCUGUUUUAUAUUUCUUUAUCCACCUUUAAUAUAA